GGGCGGGAGAGGCGGUGGAUCGUGGAGCAGCAGCCGGGCAGAGGAUGAGCUGAGCGGGCAGCAGGAGGCAGCUCCUCCGGCCUCUCACCCUCCGGUCGGACCGACACACACCGACAUGCUCACCGGGGGACAGGUGACUCCUCAGCGGCUCCUCUCCGGUGAAACCAGCGGGACACAUCAUGGCAAACGUUAAAGUUGCCAUCAGGGUCCGUCCUCCCACUGCGAGGGAAGGUGCGGAUGGAGGAAAGCUCGCGGUUCAGGUGGAGGAUAAAUCUGUGAGGAUCCAGAAUGGGAAACUGGAUGGACGUGCAGACGGAGCUGUGGAUUCCAGGGAGAAGCUUCUGGAGUUUGGUUUUGACUACUGCUACUGGUCGGUGGACCCUGCGGACCCUCACUAUGCCUCACAGGAGGAGGUGUUCCAGGACCUGGGUGUGCUGGUGCUGUCCGGAGCGUCGGAGGGAUACAACGUGUGUCUGUUUGCUUACGGCCAAACAGGAUCUGGAAAGACGUACACCAUGAUGGGGACACCGGAUUCCAUUGGCUUAACCCCUCGCAUCUGCCAGGGUCUCUUUAGGUCUGAAGACACUUUUCCCGACGGGCAAAAUUCAAGCAGAGUGGAGAUCAGCUUCCUGGAGAUCUACAAUGAGCGUGUGAGGGACUUGCUGAGAGGAGGAGAGCAGAAGAAGAAAGCCUCACUGAGGGUCCGAGAACAUCCUGAGAAAGGACCCUACGUUCAAGAUCUGUCUCAGCAUGUGGUCUCAGACUGCAAACAGGCCAUGGAGCUUUUGGAGGAAGGCAUUGCCAACCGCAUCACCGCAGCAACACACAACCAUGACGCCAGCAGCAGAUCCCACGCCAUCUUCACCAUUCAGUACACACAGGCAAUCCUGGAAAACGACCGUCCUUCAGAAACUGUCAGCAAGAUUAACCUGGUGGAUUUGGCUGGGAGUGAGCGAGCCGACCCCCACUACUGCAGAGACAGACUGACCGAAGGCUCCAACAUCAACAAGUCGCUGGUCACGUUGGGCAUCGUCAUUUCUGCUCUUGCCCAGAACUCCCAGAUGUCGAGCAGCUGCCAGAGCAUCAACAGCAUGGCCUCAGAGGCUGAUGGCAGCACGGUGGGUAGUCACAGCAGCUCCCUGUCUGGAGGAGGAGGAGGAGGAGCAGGAGGAGGGAGGAGGCACUGCUUUAUCCCCUACAGAGACUCAGUCCUCACCUGGCUGCUGAAAGACAGCCUGGGCGGCAACUCCAAGACCAUUAUGGUUGCAACGGUUUCACCCUCCGCUAACAGCUACAAUGAGACCCUCAGCACCCUGCGCUACGCUGCCCAUGCCAGAAAUAUUGUCAAUAAACCCCGAGUUAAUGAGGAUGCCAACGUUCGUCUGAUCCGGGAGCUGAGAGAGGAGAUUGACAGGCUGAAGAGCAUGCUGCUCAGUUUUGAAUCGCAGCGCAAUCCCAGUCCGUCCCUGAGUGAUGAGAGGGAUGGAAAUCUCUCUGACAUGGUGCUUCAGAACGAACUGAAGGUGCAACAGCUGACGAAAGACUGGUCCGAGAGCUGGGGAGACAAGAAGGAGCUGCUGGAGAAAUACAGCGUGGACAUCAACAGGGAGCGGGCCGGCUUCCUCAUCAACUCCCUCGCACCUCACCUGGUCACCCUCGAUCGAGAUGUUCUCAGCACCGGGGUCGUCAUCUAUUACCUCAGGGAAGGAGUCACUCACAUGGGACCUCAGAACCAGUGUGAAGAGCCACAGAUAGUUCUGCAGGGCGGUGCGAGCUGUGAGAUUGAAAACCGUGGAGGUGUGGUAACGCUCAGACCUCUGUCAGGCUGCUGCUGCCUGCUCGACGACACAGAGAUCACCGAGCCCUGCCGACUGGCUCAAGGGAUGGUGAUCACCUUGGGAGGAGUGCACAGGUUCCGCUUCAACCAUCCGGCAGAGGCAGCCGUCCUCCGGGAGCGCAGGCGGGCUAGUGAAGGUGGCAUGAACUGCACCUACAUUGACCUCUGCCCCUUGACCCCUGACCACAGUGUCGAGGAAGCGAAGCUCCAGGAGCAGCUGGGUGCCUGUCUCUCCGGCUCCGAGGAGCCGACUGUGAGGCAGCUUGUGGAGGAGCAGCAGCGCUACGUGGAGGGUUUGCGACAGGAGAUCCAGGCCGCACAGAGACGAGCGGAGGAAGGGCUGGAGAGGGAGCAGGCUCACCUUCGACAGCAGCACGCGGAGAUCCAGCAGUGGAUUAUACUAGAGAAACAACGUCUGACAGCUUUCACGCAGAGAGUCACCCAAGAAUCUGGAGUUCAAACAGACUUUAUCCCUGAGUCUCUCCUGGGGCGGCUCACAAGCCGGACCCCCGAGGAUCAGGAAGAGCCGACAGUGCUCCGCCCCUGCCAGGUGGUGAAAGCCAGGAAGAAGGCGGUGCAGGAGGAGCUAAUAAAGCAUCACGCCCUUUAUCGUGCCGAAAGUCGCAUCCGUCGGAAAAGGCUGCAGUACCAGCUGGAGAGAAUUGCCCGAAAGCAGCGUCUAUUGGAGGCUAAGAGGGAACUGCAGCAGCUGGAAAAGGCUCUGCCUCCUGGACCGGACAGCCCGGAGUCUCUUGAGCAAGUGUCCCCCUCAAACCUCAGGGGACAGCAUUUUGUUUCUCGUAGACACUCAUUCUCAGCAGAUGUCCUGUCCCGGCUCUACCCACAACACACCCCCAUCUUCAGACAUUUCCUGAAGAGAAACCGACCCACAGACCUGACUUCGGAUUCCAUCGGCAGCAGGAAGUGGUUGUCAGAUGAGUGUCUUCCUCGAGAAAGAACUCAAAGCUGUUCUGGAACAAUCUUCUCAGGAAAAAGGCCGUUGUGCCGGAGUCGGUUCACCUCCUCUGAAAACAUCAGACAAACUUCCGGUGAGGAACCACAAGCUCUGCCGUGUCGGGAUCGGCCUGAGAGAAAACCUCUGCUGCCAAACCGAGAUCUGUCCUUUAAAAACCGAUCAGAUCGGAGCGCAACAGUUAUCUUGAAGUCACCGCUUGGAACUGCGGUGCCAGUCAGCAAAGAAAAUAUACACGGGUCCACAACGGACAAUCCUGGUUCUGAAACUGUCUCUUGUAUGACUGGGAGAACCCCGUCCCUCACACCUAACAGUGGACUAGACACCAUCAGGAAAUCUUUCUCUGGUUCAGUGGGACCCAGGUUAAAAACAGCUCUGUCCAAAGUGUUCAGAAAACCACCGUUGGGUGCGAAUGGAGGACGAGGCCUCAAACCUUUGGGGAGGAUAGCGAGCAAAUUUCACUGGAGACAAAAAAGAGACGGGAUCCUAAAAGACGGCAACAUGAGCCGAAGCCAAUGUGCCAUCAAAGCAGCCGUCUCCUGUGAGGAGCUCGACCAGAGGAGUCGGUUUGACGGCUUCAGACAGAGGCGAUGGCACAGCACCGAGGCCCUGGUGAAAAAGACGUGCCGAUGGGUUGAAAGGCAGCAAGAACUGAUCGGAUGGGAUGAGGAGCAAGAAGAGAGGGAUGAAGGAACGUCAGACUGCGAGAGCCUUUUCUCUCUCGACUCGCUGUCCUCUGCUUAUGUGACGGCUCUGGCGGAGCAGCUGAGACAAGAGGAAGCGCAGAGCGGAGCAGAAAGUGAAGACUCUCAGAUGUCUGAAGACUCUUUGGCUGUGGAGAGGAGUGGGAGAAACCUUGCAAUGGAGAGACUUAGCCGCACAGUGGCACCAACUUACUCUCUGGUCCCGGAUUCUUCUGUUUUACCGAUGUGGCACAAUGGUCAGAAACCCCAGGUAACCCCAGUGGAGGUUUACCCAAAAUCAAGAUGUAAAGGUGAGAUUGGUGCAGAAGGGAAUCCUCCAUUUAAAACCCUGUUAGUUGCAGAUUCCAGAGGCAAAGACACUACGCAAAAACUGACUGAAGACUCUGGUAACAUAGAGACCAGUUUGACCGACAGCCCGCGCUCACUGAGCAGCUACAGCUCGAUGGAGCCUGAACACGUGCUUCUCACUGACGCCUGGUCCUCCACUGAUGCAGGAGACAGUCCCAGGAUUCUAAAGGAUUCCCUGCCUUCCCAAAGAAAAAUGGUGUUCACACAAGUUGAGAGCAGCAGCUACACCAGCAGCAGCAGAUCCAGUCUGACCAGUAUGAACCUGUCAGACUCUCAGAGCGGAUACAGAAGCUGUAGCUCAACGUCCACCAGCGCUGAUGGUGUAAAUGCGACAGUGCAGAAACGCAGAACCACGGUUUCAGUGGAGUUUCAAACAACAACAGGAGAGCGAGCAGGGCCACAGUCUGAAAAUGUGGAACAGGCUGUUAUAGAUACUGAGAGUCCAGCAACCUUACCCACCUCGGAUCGGAGCACUUCUCUGUCCCACACUGGGAUUCUUUACACUGCACAAGCAUCAAACAUGCAUCAGGUGGUUAAAGAUGCACCUGCUGUCGUAGCUGGUGAUGUCACUAUGUCUUCUGACAGUGAAAUGAGCCUCUCGUGUUCCCAAUCACAAACAAAUUCCACGACAAAUCCUCCUAUUCAAGGCCAAGACCUGAAGAAGGUCUCUGAAGCUCUGAGUUCCUCCAAACCUUCUACUGAAGACGAUUCACUAUGCAAUCUGAAUAGAACAGAAACUUUUAAAGAUGUACAGCACUAUGAGCCUGAGAAUACCAAAGAUAUAUCACUGUCCAGGGAUGAAACCAAAGGAUCUGAGCAGCAUGUUGCACUAAACCAGGAGCUUGUUAAAUCCACUUGUAAAAAUUCCAGGAAGAGAAACAAAGAGCAACAAGAUGCUUUUAUUGGCAGCAUGAAAAUUCCAAAAAGGAGCAACAGCAGCGAACUGGUAACGUUCUGCUCGACACCAGUGGGCAGCCCGGAAGAUGCUUUGCUCGAUGACAAUAACAACGCUAAUGACUUUAAAGAGGAGCGAUCUGCGGUGGAGACUGAAUGUGAUUCUGCUUGUGCUGAGGGAAGAGACAAAGUGGCUUCAGGAGCAUCUGCACUUUCUGUGCCCAUGAACAGAAAAGUUGAACCCGUGUUUGCAGACUCUAAAUGUCGGCUAACAAGUAGUGAGAAAAGUUCCCAGAGUGACUUCUCGGUGGGAGACAGAAAGGAAGACGAAAAAGGAAACGUAAGAAUCGAGGAGGUAGUUGCAGGAACUCGAGGGAUUAACAGAAAGCAUGCAUUCAAUGAUUCAGAUGCUAUUUGUAGUGCCAUUGACCUGAGAAUCUCCGAAAUGGUAAAAGAGAGAGUGAGGUUGUCAUUGAUCGGUGGUGAUGGUGAGAGAACGAGCAGGAGUGAACGCCUGAGUGCUUUAGCGUCAUGUGUAGGUAAUUGUAGUGAUGGACAUGCAUCGAUGGAAAAACAGGUUAGAGAUGAACAGAAGGAUCAGGUGAGAGAGAGAAACCUCAGUGGACGUGAGUCAGUGGAAACCACACGUGACCUGGAGAGAGAUGAGCUCCUGGCAUCAAAUCUGUCAGGUGAAUUGAGAGAGAGAAGUAAGAGCUUCAUGCUUAAAUCCACUAAAGUGACACUAAAGAAUGGCCGAGCUCGUAACUUUCCUGACGGGACUUUAAAUAAACCAAUAAACAAGGAGGCCUCUCCCAAAUGCAGCGACAUCCAAUCACAUCUGACACUUACCAGCCACGAAGAGGCCGAGCCCUCUGGAAAAAACAUUUCCUCAAAGAAUGAUUCUCCUUCAGCAAGAAAACAUAUUGAUUUUCACAGGAACACUCUGCAGGAAAUUGCUCCAUCUGAAGAAAUGAAUGAUGUCGGUAAACAAAAAGUGACUUCCCAUCGUAAUUCUCCCAUGAGUGACGUGAAGAGAAUGGACACACAGAGUUGCUCCGAUGCUCCCACUGUGGAUCCAGAUAACCCACAACUUCAACAAACACACAACGAAACACCAUCAAUAAUCAGUGCUGCCUGUGUAUCCGUCCGUUUGGAAGCUGUCAGUUUGGAAAGUGCAUCUAGUGCCGAAGAUAAAAGUCAUUAUUCAUACAAACAAAGCUCACCAAAGACGAUUGGCAAGCCUCACUCGUAUAGUCCCGACAGAUCUGGAGAUACAACAUUUUCAGUUGGAGGUCGUCUUCUGUUCAAGCCACCCGAUCCAAACAGGGACCAGAAUACAUCCUUUGAUGAGAAUGCCACGACCAAAGGGAUUGCUGUUACUCCUGGCCAGGAGGAAAACGUUGAAGCGGAGACCACAACAGGAGGGAAACUGUCUGUCCCAUCACAGGAUCAGUUUAACUGUGCAGAUCGUUUGGCUCGGGCUUGUGAGAGCAAAAAGAAUCACAACAAGAACCACGAUUUAUCAAAUCCACAGAGCAAAUGUGAUAAAUAUACUGAAGUCCACAGUAAAGGAACCCGUGUGUUGAAAAAUCGGUCUGAAGCACCGGUUCCAGAGAUCUCGGCUGAAUUAAAACAUGACAAAAAUAGUUGUGGCUCCAUUCAGCCUCCGCUCAAAAGACCACAGGGAAAUAUUGUCAAGAAUACAAAUGGCUCUGGAUCUCUCGUGUCCAGAGAAGGUGAUGUAAACACAUCCUGUGUUACCCAAGGUGACUCAGCCCUUCUGUUCAAAAAGACCAAGAGGUUCCGAAGGUCUAAGACCCAGACUCAUCCUACCUCUUCCUCUGAGUCCUCCCUGAAGUCGUCAGAUGAGGAUGAGGAGGAUGACAAAACUACCAGAGCGCAUCACAGCCGACUCUCAUCUAAAUGGGUCAAGCUUGCCACACAGAGUCACGGUAAACAAGACGUUAAACAGCCUAGAAGCAACGCUCCAGAUGCUUCUAUGUCAGUAUUAGUAAGCAAAACUAAAAUGAAAGGUUGUUCUGCUGGAACUCCGGGUAAAAGUGAAGUGAAAUCGAAUAGAGACUACGGCCAAAAGAGACAAUCAUUACCUCCUCAAGCAAAGUCACAAAAGACAAAUGCAGAAAGAAUCUUUCCAAGUGCAAAGAAGCCACUGACGCCCCAGGACUCCCUUAUGCAUUUCGCCUCAAGUGACAUCAACCCUUUUGUUCACCAGUGGCAAGACGACGACUCAGACCAGCACUGCUACAAGAACCCGUCGUUCGGGAGCGCCGCGGACCUGUCCUGCAAAUCUCCUCUUCUGAACAGUGCAGAGAAACGCAUUACAAGGUGCUGCAGUGUGGACAACGGUCUGAACGGCCAGAACUCUCCUUUCAAUUCCCACCUCAGCACGUACGCCACCAACAAGGGGCUGUCCAGUACACUGAGCAGCAUAGAAGACUAUAAGGAGCCUGGAAACCAAACGUCUCCGCCUGCACCCGGUCAACAGAUCGAUCUCCACAGUCAUUUAGCCAAUCUGACAGUGAGCAGCAGUUCAUCAAGCAACUAUGCUCCGGGUGGUUUUGGUGCCAACUCCAGUCACGUGGACGAAAUUAUGUACGUUUACUCCUCUGAGAAAGAAUCCCAGGUAAAGAAAACACCGGCCCAAAGGACGAGGACGAGCGAACAUGGCACUCAAACAGAGCAUGGGCUUCCAACAGUGAAAUUUAUUAAAAGCUGUAGUGGUCCAAUAAGGAAAGAUCGUCACAGACGGAGCAACACCGAUGAACCUGCGACACGGAAAACCAAGACGGACAUUAAAGAGUCUCCUACGUGGGUCAGCAUGGAGAGCAUGUCGGCUCACCUCUCCAAGUUGAUCGACAGCACCUCAGAUCUGCUGGGAGACGUCCAGGAAAUGAGGACAGGUGAAGUCAGCUUCAGGUCCACUCCGAGGAGGAGCUUCAACUCGUCAAACCUCAGCAGCUCCUGUGGUGAGUCUGUCGACUGCACCACGAGAGACUGGUCUACUCAAACGGCUGUAGAUGUUGGGAUCCAGACAGAAAAGCUUUCCACACCAGCAGAGGAGGAAGUUGCCGUCCAUCAGACGCCCGGUGAGAAGUCCAAACCUCACGAGAUCAACGUGAUAGUCAAAUUGAUCGGUUCUGAGGCCGUCAGUGUGUCUCGGGAGAAGGAUGUGCACUGCGUGGUGAAAACAAAAGCUAACUCGGACGAAAAGAUGCAGAGCCUGCCUGACAUCAUCGGGCCUAAAACGCCUCCUGGGAAGAUUACAGCUGAAAGACGCGUGAGAUCGGCUUCUUCUCGAGUCUCAAAGCAAAGCAGGCCUGAGGCUCCGUGCCAUAAAAGUGCUGCAACUUCUGAAAUCCUCCGAGGAUCCUCAAGAGACCAACAGAAUCACAGUUCGUCUGUGAGAAAUGAUCCUUCACCGUGUUCAAAGAAACUGGCCACGUUUAAAGACCGUGCAUCAUCUCCCAUUCUGACUGUGGGAGCAAGAUUACGUUUGAAGCAGAGAGGGAAACAAAUAACGUGUCCCUCGAAACAUGUGGGUGGGAAAACAAGCCUCGCUUUUGAGGAAGAUGGACGAAAUGUGUCUUCCAGCAAACAGUCAGCCUGCACAUCUGUCUCAGGCAAUGUGCAAAUGUCCACAUCGGAUUGUGAUGUUUCAUCGAGUCAGUCAGAGUCCGUGUGGCUUGAGAAGGGAAGUGAAGUGAGCUGCUCGGGUCCUGAAGGAUCAGAUAACUGCUCUGCAAGCCACAGUUCCUCACUGGAUAGAUAUGUAACGACCUGUAAAGACAAGGAGGACACACAUGCCAGCUCAAAAAGACAGAUGACCUCUCUUCAAACAAGGACGUCUAAAACAGGUCAAACUGUGAAUCACAUCCGUCCUUUAAAAACACAAACUGAGCACAAACAGCAGGUGACAGCAAGACAUGGAAAACCAUCAGGCUACACAAGACCUGUUGUAGACUCUGUGGAUUUCUGCAUCGAUUCCUGCGACUUGUCACCAGUCAGCGACGGGACUGUUCAUCUCCAAGAGGACGACAUGGUGUCACUGGCUCCCAGUGAGUGCAACACAGAGGUGCUCCUGAGCAUUAAUCCUGUCACCAGCGUGUCUGUACGUCCAGACCACCUCAUGGACCCAGAAGACCUGCCCGUGCACAACAAGUUCAACAACUGGUCGGGCAUCCACCCGCAACAAUCCAAACACCCGAACAGGUUGGACACAUCGCUCGGCAACGACCACGAGCGGAGCAGGAACCGUCCCGAAUGGGGGGAGGUGGAAAGUUGCGUUUCAAACUCCACAGAGUCUGUGGAGACCAGCGGCCGACGGGCCAGAGAGAUAGAGAGGCUGCGACAGGAGAGAGAGCAGGUGAUGGCAACGGUCAACCUGAGCAUGAACACCACACCUCUAACCGUGGAGCUGACGGAGGCCAAGCUGCAUUAUGGGCUGGGAGAAACCGACACGCUGCUGAAGAUGCUUUCCCCGAGGUGCAGAGACGAGCUGGAGCCACGGACGCCUGCUCCGACUAAACAGCAGCUGUACGACCGACAUCGGAGGAGUAUCGAGGGUUUGAGGCAGGAGAGGGAGGAUCGGCUCCAGACUUACCGCAGAGCUCGCAGUCUGAGUCCCAGCAAACAUCCUCGCUACUUUCCUCCAGAGGCUGCGUCAUCCUCCAAAGUGUCAGUCGCCACGACCUGUCGCCCUAAUGAGCUCCUGCAGCAGCUCCGCCCAGAGGUGACGGACAGCACCAGAACACCAAAUCCUCCAAGAGGAGAGGGCCAGUGUCCGUCUGACAUUGAGCAGCUGUUGCGUGACUACGGCCGAGCCCGAGAAGAAGCCAGGACCGAGAUUGCGAGGGCGAGGGAGCGACUGAGAGAGAGAACUGAGCAGGAGAAGAGGAGGCUGCAGCAGCAGGCCUCGUCCCAGGAAGCAAAGGACGACCUGAGGCAUCGGACCAGAAUCAGUAACAGCACCUUGUGCACCGGGUCGAGCCUGAGUCUUUCCUCUGGACCCACUUCAGGGUACAACAGUGGCAACACUGUUCAGCUACAGACCAGCAACAGACCAGUUGUGACUGGACAGACGACAGGGUUCCAGGAUGAAGGGCUGAAGGUCAGGACACGUCCUCCUGUAUGUGCCCCCCCGAGUGUGAAGACACAGAGAGUCUGGCUGUCGGCCCAGGAUGUCCGCCAUGACGCUUCUAUCACCUCCUUUGACCCCCUGAUGACCUCAUCUCCAUCACCCGCCACUGGUGCACGCCAACGCACCGCCUCCUUUGGCUCCGCCUCUUCUAUCUCCACGGCCUAUCAGGACAUCACGUCCAUUCUCCUUCGGCAAGCUCUAUCAGAGGUGCGAUUGGCUUCAGCCAGAGAUUUGACCAACCUGGUGAUGGGCAAGGCCACAGCAGACUGGAGGUACCAAGGAGAAGAGCGUGGAAUCCAGGCCUACUACAAGCCGUCCUGCAGCCCGUCCGUCCAUGGGUUCCUCGGAGCUGUGGAGCUGGACAGACCCGUGGACAGAGUGUGGAGCGUCAUCUGCCAACUGUCCAAGAGCCACAUGUUCAACCAGUCCGUUCGUUCUGUCUGGACCCGACCACUAGAUGACAGCACUCAGCUGGUUUACGUACUAACAGACCCGUCCACCUGCCACCUGAGUCAGCCGCGGGACUUCUGCUGCAUCAGCACGGAGUCCAAGCAGGGUGGCCUGUGUGUGCUUGCCAUGCAGUCGGUGUUCGAGGAGUCUCUGCCUCGGCCCAGCGUGGAUGCUGUUCGGGGGGAAAUGAUGCCCAGUUGCUGGGUCCUGCAGCCAAUUAGACGCGGUGGAAAAGAAUCCACCAGGGUCAUCUACCUGCUGCAGGUCGACCUGGGAACUCCAUCCUUCCCUUCCCGACUCUUGAGCACUGUUGCCAGGCGACAGGCGGCCGUCAUCGCCGAUCUUGACGCUUUCCUCGCUUCGUGACUCCGGGCCGACGCAUGAAGACGCACCAGCAGUGAGCACUUAGCCCGAGGCCCCCCCCCCUCAGCACGGAGUUAUUAGUCUGCGUUGGGAAUUUGCACCUGAGAUUUAUUUACUUGACUUUUCUUCCAUGAGCACUAUUUCUAUGUUGAUUCCCAGUUACAGGAGUUGAAGCAGCUUUUUUUUUGUAUGAAGGUUAAUUUUUUUUACAAGAUAUUGAAACUGUAUUUUUCUAUUUGUACAUGAAUGCUUUUUACGAAUCCUUUUAUACCAAAGAUUGAAGUCUUAAGGGAACGAUUUGACAUUAGCACGUUUAGUGUGUUGCAUGUAGGUUUCGACGGAUUCAUCGAAUCACUCAUUUGAUGAAAUAGCUUCAUAAUUCUCUUAUAACCAGAUAAACACCAGCUAUUUAGAUUGUUUCAGUGUCUAUUUAGCUGUAGGUGUCAUUUAAUUCCUACAUUGAAGAGUGUAACCACAGCCAAAUAUGCUCAAGUCGAGGUCAAGACCAUAUUAGAGUUAGUAAAUGGUUAAUUAGAUAUAGAUAUAUAUUAGUGUCCGUCCAUAUCACUUUUAUCUAUCUAUGGCUGAUAAAUGCAGCCGGGUUGGAAGUCAUUUCAGAGGGCAGCAUCACUUUGUACCAGAUCUUUGCUCAAGCAGUUUAUGCAAAUACUUUAUUUUAACCUGUUGGUGUUGACGAUAAGAGACAUUUUCCAGAAGCUGAAACAUUGAGGCACAUUUAUGAAGGAAAUUAUUGAAUUUUGGUUUGAAACUCUCUUUUGAUAUGAAAAAACCAACAACACCCGAAUUCACCAUAUGAAGGAAAUAUUUGCAAAUAUUGUUCAGCCCUGAUUUGUGUUUGAACUUCAAAUGUCCUUCAGAUAUAUUAAGGACUUUGCAAAGAUUACUGGUGAAGUAAUUGUAAGAUUUCAUUGUUCAAUAAGGUGGAGCUUUAUUUUCUAUAUGCACGUUGGUGGAAGUUCCACUAAGAUUUAAAGGAAGGUUUAAAUUUAGGUACAUGAUUUGUACCAAUUUUAAAGUUAUUUUGAUACAAGAAAGUUAAAAUGUAAAGUUCACAACCCCAGUAAUAUUUGUACAUUUAGUACAUUCCCUGAUUUAUGUAUGGGAGAAAAUAGUGGUAAACUGAAGGAAGCGAAGGAUUAUUUAUUUAGUCUUAGACUGUUAUUUUAAGCGUGUGAUUAUCUGAAUGAGCACUGCAACUUGUAACCACUUAGCAGCUUCUUGUCUCUGCAGACAAUCUGAUCCUGAAACAGUUCUGUAGCAAAACAGUGAGAGGACGAGUCUGGGACAUUUUGAGGAUUAAACAGGUCAAAGGGACAAAUAGUCGUAUCAGCGUCAACCCAGUGACACAGAUUCAAGCCCAAGUGCAAACAUGUGGCUCCCUGACCCCCCCGACCCCCUGACCCCCCCGACCUCCCCUCUGUACUUCAUGGUACCCAAAAUCUGCAUAAGCUGAGUUUUAAGGGCUUUCGUUUCGCUCUCUCCUCUUUCAGACGUGUGUUGUAUUUAUUUUCAUCCUCCUGCCCGCAGUUUGAAAUACUGUUGAAUGUGUUUUUUUAAAGUUGUCUUCUGCUGCUUGCACAGAGCAGCUUAUGCAUUUAUUAAUGUUACGUACUUUUUGUUGUUGUUGUGCGAUGUUUAAAGAAAACUAUGCAGAAGCCGAUCGCCAGCAGGACGUCUCCCAGUCCUGCUGCUGGAUCCAGACAUGAAGCCAUAUUAUUUACACUAUUAUUUACACUAGCUGAAGGUUCGCGACUGUUUCGCCUCACGUUUGAGACGACAGACGUUCCCGCGGCAACCAAAGAAAAAACAAAAAAAUACAGACGAAGCGUGAACGAUGACGACUUCUGUCCUGAUUUCUGUUGUUUGUCUUUCUAUGUAUUUGAAAAAGUGCUCAUUCGUUGUUAUUUAUGUUCUGAUAUUGUGUGUUAAAUGUAUUUUAUUAUAAACACUCUUGCUUGUUGUUGCUAAUAAGUUUUCAUCUGCCCUGUGUGUGUUUUAUUGGAAUGAAUACAACAUAUUUUCAAGUGAAUCGUUAUUUUUCCCACUUUUUGAACUGAUCUCUUGUUUGUUUAUGUGAAGACGUGUUGACGGAUCGGAAUCAAUAAUGAAUCUU